GAUGACCUAAGUUAUCCUUGAUUUGAGUCUGUUGUUUUAUCUCUUCAGCUGCAGUUGCCACAGCUUUAACUUCACUUCAAAUGAGUUCACAUUUGAAAGCAGAGAGCUGAGAAGCUGCUGGAGGGUCAGCCCUGAGAGGUUCUUUGGUAAUGUCCACCAUGAAGGUCAAAGCACACAGACACUUUAUAGCUGAUAAAUGUAACUGCCCCGUGGGCCAGAUCAGAUGGUGUGCAUACAGCGCUCACUCAUGUAUAUAAAUAUGGAAGAAAAAAUGAGAAACACCUCUGAAUAUAAUGUGGUUCAGUACAACACCACGUUUAACUAUGACCUCGGUAAUAAACAUAUAACUGAACUGACACAUUUACACCGCCUGUCAACAAAAACGGAACAUUAUAAACUUCCUGAAAGCAUAAUUCAUUGAACAGCUGUUCGACACUUCUCUGUCACCUCCUAAAAGAGACAUAAUGGUCAUCCAUCAAGCACUCAACAAAGUCUUCAUGUACACCUAAAACUGCUUCAUCAUUAUUUUCAGCAGUCUAAUCAAAGUUGUGCUGCAAUUCCAACUCCACAGGCCAGCUGCCAAAAGAUGUUUCAGCUUUUAACACUUCUUUACACACAAGGGGCCAAUGGACGAGGGGAAGUUUCACACUGGUGAUUCCAGCUUCCUCAAACUGCAGAGUACACGUGCGUCCACCCCACACAGACUGGAACCACCAGUAUGAGAUCCUCCUCUAGUUUUUGACAUUGUCACAGGUCUGCAUGCCAAAUGUUCUGGGAAUUUAAACGAAAAUUCCCACUGUAGUCACUAGGCAGUCAUUAGGCAGCAAUGCAAGCAAAACCGCUCCCCACCGAAGACGACUGACUUCAAACGCUUGGAAAAUGUGAUAUUUUGCAAGAUAUCGCAAAGGCGUGGCAGUGAUCGUGAUCGUGCAACAGAUCACUAAUAGAAAUAUCUGAGUUUCAUUGAGUCAUGCAGCCGAGCGGCCACACUCCUCCGCCUCAACGCAGCGAGUCAGCAGUUAAUAUGAUGAGAUGUACAAAGCAGACCCCCCCACCCAGCCUCCACACGUGGCCUCCGUACCUUCCACAAGAGGAAGUGAAUGAGGAGGUCUGGAAGUUUUAGUGUAUUGUUUGAGGGGUGGAAGUGUCGGGUGCCCCAGUUCACGCGUUAUUUCCGCAUUCCCCACUUCGAGCACGAGUCAGCGGGAGCGUCACAGCAGCUCCGUAUUUAACGGAGCCGACUGAGACCUGGACUACAACCGAGGACCGUACAGGACUACAACCACAGCUGCGCGUCAUGUCCCAGUCCGAAGGCAAGAUGAAUUUGGAGGAAUACUUCAAAAGAAUUGGUUUCCAUGGCUCUUUUGAUAAACUGGAUCUCGCAACACUGAAGCUGAUCCACAAACAGCACGUCAUGUCAAUUCCGUUUGAAAACCUCAGCAUUCACUGUGGUGAGGAGAUCAUCAUGGACCUUGAGGUCAUUUUUAAUAAGAUAGUGAGGAGCAGUCGUGGGGGUUGGUGCCUUGAGAACAACUUCCUGUUUGGCUGGGUGCUGCGAGAAAUGGGCUACGACACAACGACCUUGGGCUCCAGAGUUUUUAACAGUAUCCUCAAUGAUUUUGGUGUCGCUGAAAGUCAUCUUAUCAACAAGGUCAUCAUUGAUGGAAAGGCUUACAUAGCAGACGUAAGCUUUGGGGUGUCGUCCCAAGUGUGGGAGCCGCUAGAGCUCAUCUCUGCAAAGGACCAACCUCAGUCAGCGGGUGUCUUUCGUCUCAUAGACAAAGGAGACAUCUGGGUGCUGGAGAAGACUAGCAGGAAGCCAGAGGUUCUCAAUCCAGACUUUGCCAAGUCAAGUCUAGUGUACAAGAAGGAAACGAAGCCGAUAUACGGCUUCACCUUGAAACCUCGUGAGGCCCAUCAUUUCUUUGAGAUAAACCGCACACUUCAAACAGAUCCUUCUUCACUGUUCACCAAUAAGUCCAUCUGCUCUCUGCAAACACCAACAGGAUUCAGAGCCCUGAUUGGUUGGACAUACAGUGAAACGAUCUUCAAGCCUGAGGAAGGUGUUGAUGUCUUAGACAUGAGGAACAUAACAGACGAUGAGAUAGAGCAAAUUCUGAGGGACAAGUUCAAUGUAAAGAUGCAGAACAAAGUAAAGCCUGUAAGCAACAAAGUGUCUUACACGCUCUGAAAUAUUGCACAUAUUCAUUUUUGACAUUGCCUUGGAAUCAUGUUAAAAUGUGUGGUGAUUUUAUGACUGAGGUACACUUAUAUUAAUGAUUAAUAUUAAUUAAUUAAUAUUGGCUCUGUAAUAUAACUUGGAAAUGGUUCAAAACUGACCCUCCCAAAGAUAGUUAAUCAAAAACCGCUCAUUCAGUUCGGUUGUUUGAACAUAUGUGUUCGAAUUCUGAUGUCAUUUAAGACUCUGUCCUUCCCACCAGUAGACUCACCUUACCUGCUCAUCCUCCCCACUCACCUGUUCCCCCAUCAAGCCUAACCCUAACCAUAUCAACCUUAACCCUAACCCUAACCCUCAUCAGGUCCCAGGUGUAGUUACCGGUCCAUUUUCACUAGCUUUCUGCCACAUCGUAUUUGUCCUGUGUACCUUGGCUUUCUGGUGCUGUCAUUAUUGCCUGCCAGUUUUUGUGUUUAUCCUGAUCUAUUUUAUAAUGUAUCCUGUGUAUUUUGGAUUCUGCCUCAGCCUGAAACCAUUUGUACUUUGUUUGACUGCCUGUUUUUUUUGUGUCCUUGAACAUUUCUAAGUAAAUACUCUUUACCUUUUACAUCUGCCACUGAAGUCAUGUUCUUUGGAUCCUUUUGUCUUUGAACUGUGACAGAAACACAGCUACACAUCGUUUGCAUAUGACUAUUCCUCACAGCUCUGUUUCAUAACAAUGGAUUCUUAAGAAAAAUUCCCAUUUGGAAGGAACUUCUAUUUUUUUCUGUGUCAGAUAAGUAACAGACAGAAAACUUCCAGCAAGUCUGUAUUGUUCCAUUACUGAAUUACUGUAAGGCAUCAACCAAUACUUAUUUUCAUCAUAAUACAUGCAGUAAAUAUUUUCUAUUAUAACUGAU